UAGGGUUAAAGCACAAAUGUGAAAGUCUGCAGGGGCCAGAGGAGAGGGUUGGGAAACCCUGUCUUAAGGGGCUACUGUCCCAUAGGCACCAAUACCAUUGCAGCUGGGUCUGGUCUGCUUAAUUCAGGGGUGUCAAACUCAUUCGACAGAGGGCCCAGUAUCUGCGGGUAUAUGUUUUCUCUUUCGAUGAAGCCCUAGACCACCAGGUGAGGGCGUUCCUUACUAAUUAGUGACCUUAAUUCAUUAAUCAAGUACAAGGGAGGAGCAAAAAACCCACAGACACUCGGCCCUCCAUGGAAUGAGUUUGACACGUGCUGUAUAUGAACCAGAAAAAAGUGAGUGAGAUGUCUCUUCUGUCUCUGGACUUGACUUUCACCAUUGUGAAGUAGUCAACUGGAUGGGACUUCCUAUGGGUUAAGGAAUAAUCACAUCAUUCCCUCCAGGUCAUCAGGAGAGAUCGGCCAAUGAAUUAUACUCCAGAGUAAACGUUCCAUAAUUGUAGAGGGCAGUAAAUCAGCAACCUUGUCUUUUAUACCUGUUCAGACAACACACUUCAGGUGGCAGUAAACACCCUUGACUACUUUAAAAAUGGAGAAAGCCCUCAAUGGUGCUGCCCAUUUUAAGGUAUAGCUGUGAUGUUCAACACCUGGCACGUAUUCAUUACGCCGCUGCAAAAAGUUUCUUAAACAAAAUGGUGAGGGAUCUACCUGAAUUUGCAAGCUGCGUGACGAAUGGCGCUUUGACUCCGAUCUGCAGUUGCUCUCAGCUCAACGCUAGGAUUGCUGUGGAUGUCAUCUUGUCUGCCAGUCAGCUGUGGUCCACACACAACACUGCCUACGUACUUCCUUUGGUUAACCUGUUUCCAUGCAUCAGUCUGGUGAACAGAGACUUGCAGGUUUGUGUCAAAUUACCGAACACCUUUUCCUCAGCAACGGCAGAGCUGCAAAUGAUAAGGCUGUCAUAUCUCGUUUCAACAUCACUUGCAUCAUCAAUGCCACACAAAACAUCACAAACACUUCCACUGCAGAGGUGGAAUAUGUCCAUAUACCUGUUACAGACUCUCCAUCUUCUCCUCUGAGCGACUUCUUUGAUGAGGUAGCGGAUAAAAUCCAGCUUGUUGGGGAGCAGUGUGGACGCACAUUGGUUCACUGCAAUGCAGGUGUGAGUCGCUCAGCUACGUUAUGCUUGGUGUAUCUAAUGAAGUACCAUGGAAUUACACUUUUGGAGGCACACAAAAAGGUCAAAUCUUGUCGACCUAUUAUAAGACCAAACAGUGGAUUCUGGAAGCAACUCAUCCAGUAUGAACGCAAGCUCCGUGGUUGUGCCACGGUCACAAUGAUCACAUCCCCCAUGGGUGAAAUACCUGACAUUUAUGAAGAGGAGACCAAAGAUAUGCUUCCUCUUUGACAUGCACUGUUUGUUAAAGUGAUUGUCAACCCCAUUGUAAAAAUGCAUUAGUACUCGUUUUAUAUCCAGUAUGUUGAGUUGGAAGUGGUCCUCUCAAAUGUAUUUGUAAACUUUGAUUCAGAAAUAAAAAUGACAGUUGUACAAUGUCACUUUACGAUUUACAACUAAAA